GGCAGCUCUUGUCUAAAAAACAUAAAUUCAAAAUUUGUUUAAACUGACUUUAUAUACCAAUACAUAAGUAAAAUGUAAGCACUCUGAAAAAGAGAGUAUAAAAAUCGAGUGUCUGUACAACUCUCACGACUGUUCUAAACACUAGCUCAUUAUUUCCAUUCAAUCCACCCCCUCCCUUCUGGGCUUCUUCCAAAGCCACGCCUCCAAAACACAUGAACGCGCGACACUGACCGCUCUGGAAGAUGCAUAUUUACCUGAGACAAGCGGAGAAGAUGGAGCGCGGUGCAUCUGGUGACAUCAUGUCAGAAUCACAUAGUUUCCACGAUGAAAGCAUUGCUGUUGACUCUGAUGAGGACUACACUCCGGGCACAAGUACCGCAUCGUCGGCUCGAGGACAGGUCCGUGGUCGAGGGCGAAGUAGAGGAAGUCGUGCAAGAGGGCGAGCAACCAGGGUCCGAGGAAGUAGAGGCCGAGGACGGGGUGGUCGAAGUGCAGGGCAAGGAGCACUUAGUCUUGGACAAGAGGACCUGAGUCGAGUUUUAAAUCUUCAAGCUCAAACAAGGGCAUGUGAACAGGCCAGAAUUCGAGGACUGAGCCUGGAACAAUCUCAUCAAGUCCUGGAGCUCUGCCUGACACGUGACCCAAGUCUUAUGUUUGAUGUUCUGGAUAGGAUUUCAGAAAAUGCUCCUCCACCAGGUCCUCUUGUCUCAGGGCAACCCGCUUGGUGUGUCUGCCAGCGGUGCAGAGAAAUGCCUACAUUCGUGGAACAAAAGUGCUGUGGACAACAUCCUGAUUAUUGCAUUUCCAUACUACCACACAUGGAAGCCUACAUUUUGGAGGAGAGUGUUCUGCGCUUAGCUAGACGCAUCUGGAAUGACAUUCGUGCAUUGACUGAUAAUCCUGAACCAGGACAGAGUAAUAGACAGUUCCGUCAUGCAGCAUACAGGCAAUUUGUAGUGUGGCAGUAUGGAGCACUAGGACAGGGUCACUGAGUCGUGAUUCCAAGUUGCUGUGUCUGGAAGAUACGCGACCGUUAUCCUGAUCCACUGCAACAGUACAGAGGUUUUAUCCCUAGUAGAGUGUAAGUGUAAUGAGUGCUUUCAAGAACGUUCUAUCCACUGUGUGAAUGAAUACAUGUACAUAGUUUUUGUGUUUUACA